CCCGACCCGACCCACCCAUCCACCCCUUCUUCAAGCCUCCCCCGCCUCUCCCUCUGCUAGCUAGGUCUCGUCCCGUCUCGUCAGCACGCCCGCGCCGCCGCCCCCUCCCGUCGCCACCGCCGGAGUGCGACGCAACUCCUCGCUCGCCGUCUCCACAGCCCCCGGCUCGCGCGGAGGCCCGUCUCCCCCAGGUUCGCCUCUCUCGCUCGCUGCUGCGCGGUCGGAGGAUCCCGCGAGGAUGUCGUGGUGCACCAUCGAGUCCGAUCCCGGUGUUUUCACCGAGUUGAUUCAGGAGAUGCAAGUAAAAGGUGUACAGGUGGAGGAGCUUUACUCUCUAGACGUGGACUCUCUUAGUCAACUACAGCCAGUAUAUGGGUUAAUUUUUCUCUUCAAGUGGAUGCCUGGAGGAAAUGAUGAACGGCCUGUUGUCAGUGACCCAAACCCAAACCUGUUCUUUGCUCGCCAGGUGAUCACGAAUGCAUGUGCCACUCAAGCUAUCCUCUCAAUCCUCAUGAACCGCCCAGAAAUCGACAUAGGUCCAGAGCUAUCAAACCUGAAGGAGUUCACAGGAGCUUUCGCGCCUGACAUGAAGGGCCUGGCCAUCAACAACAGCGACUCCAUCCGGGCUGCCCACAACAGCUUUGCAAGGCCAGAGCCAUUCGUCUCCGAUGAGCAGAAAGCCGCCACCAAGGACGACGAGGUCUACCACUUCAUAAGCUACAUACCAUUCGAGGGCGUCCUGUACGAACUGGAUGGGCUGAAGGAAGGGCCGAUCAGCCUGGGGCAGUACCCGGGCGGGCCAGAGGACCUCGGGUGGCUGCAGAUGGUGCAGCCGGUGAUCCAGGAGAGGAUCGAGCGCUACUCGCAGAGCGAGAUCAGGUUCAACCUCAUGGCCAUCAUAAAGAACAGGAAGGACGUGUACACUGCCGAGCUGAAGGAGCUGGAGAAGAAGAGGGAGCAGAUCCUGCAGGAGCUGAGCAAUGAGGCCACAGCCGCCGCAGAAAAGGAGUCCCUGAACGGCACACUGGCGGAGGUGGCGUUGGCGGUGGAGGCCGUGGGAGAGAAGAUCGCGAUGGAGGAGGAGAAGUUCAGGAAGUGGAAGACGGAGAACGUCCGGAGGAAGCACAACUACAUCCCGUUCCUGUUCAACCUCCUCAAGGCGCUGGCGGAGAAGAAGCAGCUGACGCCGCUCGUCGAGAAGGCCCGGCAGCAGAAGGCCCCCGCCACCGCCGGCGCCAGCGCCAGCGCCAGCACGAGCUGACCGUGUCCGCUGUAGUUGGUUGGGUAGUUGAACCUGGUCAUCUUUUGAGAAUGCAUCAUGUUAUCAGACACUCCUACAUACAGUACCUAGUUGGCAGCUUAGAGAUGUUGUUGCUGCUGAGGCUAUAAACCAUUUUCUGCUGAAUUCUUCUUUUGCGGUGUGCUGGAUUAUCGAUAUUAUUGCUGGUUAGAGCUGUAGAAGGGGUCUAUUUAAUCUUAAAUUAAAGGAGGGUGUGGCAGGUACUUUGUCUGAAGGAUAUAAUGGUGUUGCCUGGUAUGGAUGGUAUGGAUAACAGAGUAUGAUAUUCUCCAACUCUUGCAUC